AAUUUUCCUGAAAAAUGGCCAGCUCUGUCUGAACAAAGUGAGAGGAGCUGUCCCCUUCUUUGACCCUUGGAUGGGCAAUGAAAUGAGAUAUCAUUGUCGCUUUGCUUUCCAAAGGUAGAAGCUAAUAAGUUUUAUGGCUGCUGAGUUAUCAGCUUUUAAGGUAUAAAGGAGAAAAAGGAAGAGAAUUUCUUUCUUUUCAACCUUAACAUCUAACACAGAGCACUCCAGGAUUAUCAUUGAUAGAGGUGGUUACCAUGAAGCUAUUGUUAGGUGUGCUGUUCCUUUGGUUGCUCUCCUCAGAAGGUAAUGCAGAUGAUCAGGAAGAAUAUGAGAAGCUAGAGGCUCUAAGAAGCUUGCAGUUUUCAUGUGAGCAGGCAACGUACCCUGAGACCCCUUCAUCUUCAGUUCAUGCUCUAAGGCCAGCUGACAUUAAAGCAGUCACUGCAAUAGGAAGUUUGCAAAGAACACCAGGAUCUGGUGAGGAUUUACUCCAAAGCACAGGAAAGAACUUCCUUGAACUAAGCGUGGCAACUUUAGCAGCUCUCAUUAGCACCUUCAACCCCUCGGUCCUACAUGUGUCCCCUCCACCUGGCACAGCUGGAGAGAUGCCAGACAGUCAAGCCAGAGACCUCCUGCAUCAAGCUGAAGAAAUAGUGGAGCUCAUGAAAAUGGAUCAGAUGAUGGACUUCCAAAAUGACUGGAAGCUGAUCACAGUGUUUUUUAGUGUUGAAACCUCCUGUUCCUCCUAUGCUUCCACACAACUGAAGAACUGCAUAUCAGAAAACCUGGAAAAACUUACAGAGGUCUUGGAUUUUUUGUAUAAGAAGGUUCCCAAGGCCUUCGUAAAUCUAGUGGAUUCCACUGAACUCACAACUGCCUCUCUUGCAUGCCAAGAUUACAGUAAUGCUAGGAAUCAGUGCAAUUAUGUUGAACACUCCACAUUGCAUGAUAACAUACUGAGGUGGUCCUAUCAGGAUGCUGUGGAAAAACUAUUGGAGUCUGAGAGGUUUGAUCAAAAGGAAGACUUCACUGUUGUUCUUCAGCCUCCUCUCCAAGGAAGAAAUCUGCUGUUCAGACUGGGCAAGGAUGAUUUGAUUACCACAUCAAAGACACAAGUGGAAAUUCUGGAAGAUUGCAUUUUCAUGGCUGUGGGUCUCUGGAACAACAUGAUGCAGCCAGUUGGACAGAAGCAGCCUUAUGGUGCCACAAAAAUUGUACAGUGUCCAUCUCAGGAAAAUCCAUACUUGUUUACAUAUAGAAAUAGUAACUACUCAUCUUCCCUGAGGACAUCAAACCGCAGAGAAACACUUCAGAAGAGGAGUUAUGGAACAAAUAUUCCCUGUCCUGACCGGGAUCCCUCUGAUACGGUUCCAGUUUCAGUUCAUAAUUUGAAACCAGCGGAUAUUCAAGUGAUUGCUGCUGUGGGAGAUUCACUCACAGCAGGUAAUGGGGCAGGAUCCAGACCCCAUGAUGUUCUGGAUGUCCUGACUCAGUACCGAGGUCUGUCUUGGAGUGUUGGGGGAAAUGAAAACAUAAGCACAGUUACGACACUACCAAAUAUUCUCCGUGAGUUCAACCCAUCCUUGGUAGGGUAUUCCAUUGGCACUGGAACACAGAAUUCAAAAAAUGCUGCAUUAAACCAAGCUGUGGCCGGAGCUCAUGCAGAGGAUGUUCCUGCACAGGUUAGGAGACUGGUGGACCGCAUGAUGAAUGAUUCUAGAAUAGAUUUUCAGAAUGACUGGAAGCUCAUAACACUUUUCAUAGGAGGAAAUGACCUCUGCAGUGUCUGCGAGGAUCCAGUACGCUAUUCUCCUGAAAAUUACACCUACAAUAUACAAAUAGCUUUGGACUUACUUCACAAAGAGGUUCCGCGGGCAUAUGUGAACCUGGUGACGAUGCUUUACAUUCCAAAGCUCCGGGAGCUGCAUCAAUCGAAGAACAAUAACUGCCCAAAGCUGAUCAUGAGGAUGCUGUGCCCUUGUGUCAUAAACCCUAAGAACAAUUCCAAUGAGCUAAAGAAGUUGAUCUACUUUAACAGAAUGUAUCAGGAGGGCACCCGCCGGUUAGUGGAGAGUGGAAGGUAUGACACAAAGGAUGAUUUCACAGUGGUUAUGCAGCCAUUUCUGACUAAUAUUGAAAUGCCAAAAACACAGGAGGGGUGGCCAGAUGAAACAUAUUUUGCCCCAGAUUGUUUCCACUUCAGCCAAAAGACUCAUUCCCAGGCUGCACGUGCUUUGUGGAACAACAUGCUGGAGCCUGUAGGGCAGAAGACAGAUAGUCAGAAGAUAGAUGAUGAGCUUGUCCUCAAAUGUCCAUCUGAGGCUGAGCCAUUCCUGAGGACAUACAAGAACAGUAAUUACACAUACCCUAACCAAACUGCAAAUUAUGGAAGCCAUCUGCCAUGUGAGGACAGGUCUCCAUCCUCCCCUCCUGCAGCUUCAGUGCACUCCCUAAAGCCAGCUGAUGUGAAAGUUGUAGCAGCCCUUGGGGAUUCUUUGACGGCUGGUUCAGGAAUUGCCUCAGAUACCCUCCAGGAUGUGGUCACUCAAUACCGGGGACUGUCUUGGAGUAUCGGAGGAGAUGAAUCGUUGGAGAAUGUGACUACUCUACCUAACAUCUUUCGAGAGUUCAAUGUUAUGAUCACGGGCUACUCAACCGGUAUCGGGAAUGAGAAUGAUUCCAAUGCAUUCCUUAACCAGGCAGUUCCUGGAGCACUGGCUGAGCACUUGCCAGCCCAAGCAAGAAGUCUUGUGAGUCUUAUGAAAACUGAUCAGAGAAUUGACUUCAGUGCUGACUGGAAGCUCAUAACAGUGCACAUUGGAGCCAACGACCUGUGCAUCUAUUGCAAAGACCCUGAUCACUACUCAGCUGGGAAUUACAUCAAAAGGAUUCAAGAAACUCUUGAUAUUCUGCACAAGGAGGUUCCAAAAGCUCUAGUGAGUCUGGUUGAUGUGGAGGACAUCACCAUUCUGAGACAGUUAUUUGUGGACCCUUCAGUUCAGUGCCCCACUUACUUGGCAGAUUAUCUGUGUAGCUGUGUUCUCACAGGAGAAGAAAACUCAGAAAAUUUCACAAUGGUGAGAGACGCCAUCAAAGCUUAUCAGCUUGGCAUUCAGAGACUGAUAGAGUCUGGCAGAUAUGAUACUCAUGAAAAUUUCACAGUUGUCAUCCAGCCUUUCCUUCAAAAUCUGAAGGUUCCUCUUGAUCAGAAAGAGAAACCAGAUGUCUCAUACUUUUCUCCUGACUGCUUCCAUCCGAGCCAGAAAGGCCAUUCUCAGCUUGCCAGGGCUCUGUGGAAUGCUGUGUUACAGCCUGUGGGCCAGAAAGCUGACUCAUUUGAUUUCUCAGCUGACAUCGUCCUUGGCUGUCCAGCUCAGAACAGUCCCUUCCUGGGAACGUACAGGAAUAGCAACUACACACCUGUGGAGCCCACUAGAGAGCCAAUAGAGAAUUGGGGCAGUGAACUGUCGUGUCCUGGUCAUACUCCAUCCAGUCCUGUCCCAACAUCAGUCCAUGAGCUACGGCCUGCUGACAUCAAAGCCAUAGGAGCACUUGGAGAUUCCCUGACUACUGCAGUAGGAGCCAAAGUACCAGACCUACAAACAGACUGGAGAGGACUCUCCUGGAGUAUUGGGGGUGAUGACACUCUGGAGAUCCAGGCUACUUUACCCAACAUCUUGAAGAAAUUCAAUCCGAACAUCUUUGGCUUCUCCACUGGCAGCUCUAAGGAAACAGCUGGAUUCAACGUUGCAGAGAGAAACGCUGCAGCACGUGAUAUGCCAGCCCAGGCACGUGCAUUGGUGGAGCUGAUGAGAAGCAGCUCGAAAAUUAACUUCAAGGAAGACUGGAAACUGAUUACCAUCCUUGUUGGAGGCACUGACCUAUGCCAGUACUGCUUGGACAAGGAAACCUAUUCAGUGCAAAAGUAUGUAAAGCACCUUCAGGACACUCUGGAUAUUUUCUAUGAGGAGCUCCCAAGAGUCUUUAUCAACAUGGUGGAGAUGCUUGAGUUCUCUGGACUGCGUCAAAUCGCAGCAAGCUCUUCAGAGUGUGCCUUGGCAGCAAAGAAAGUUUGCCCAUGUUUCUUAAACCCAGAGGAAAAUUCUUCUGAAUUACAAGAAAUUAAGAGAGUUAACAGAGAUUUUCAGGCUGAAGCCCUGCAGCUGAUCAACAGCGGUCGGUACGAACAGCGGCAGGACUUCGCUGUUGUCAUCCAGCCGUUCUUCCGGAACACCUUGCUGCCCCUGGAUAGUACUAGCAAGCCAGAUAUGAGUUUCUUUGCUGCAGACUGCUCUCAUUUCAGUGUAAGAGGCUAUGCUGAGAUGGCCAUGGCUCUCUGGAACAACAUGCUGGAGCCAGUUGGUGAAAAGCAGACUUACAACAACUUUACCCAUGACAGAUCAAAACUCAAGUGUCCAAACCCUGAGAAACCUUUUCUUUUCACGCGAAGAAACAGUGGAUUUGGAAAUUCAGAUGUCAACUUGGAGAACACAGAAUCUUCAGUCCCCUACUGGGCUGUCAUUGUGACUGCAGUAGCUGGGGUCCUGGUGGGUUCUUUACUGGGCUGGGCUGUGUCACGAACAGGAACCAAGAAGCACCAACGUAAGGCUCGCACAGAAAACAACGUGAAAACAACCCCUCUGUAACACAAGUGGAACAAACAUCUUUCUCUGAUGAGGCUGCUCUCUGCUGUGACUCAGAGAGUGGCAGAACAAAAAGCCUCUUGGAUAUGAAUGAAGCUUCUUGGUUGCCCAGGGAUUUUUGUGUCAAACAACAUCGAUCAGUAAUGUAUUUUAGAGUUAUCUUCUGUGGACCAGUCAGUGGAGGAUGAAGUUCGAAGUAAUGCUGUGUUUUUGUGCCACCAUGCAACUAAGUACCACAGACCUGUUCACUCAGUCCCCCCCAUGGGGAUGAGGAGGAGAACUGGAAGAAGGUAAAACCCAUGGACUGAGAUAAGAACAGUUUUAAUAACUGAAAUAAAAUAAAAUUUAAUAAUAAUAAUAAUUGAAAUUAAAUGGGAAAUAACAAAAAAGAGAGAGGAAUAAAACUCAAGAAAAACUA